CCCUAUCAAGACAUGCCUUCAUCAACCAUUCUUCAUUAUCAGCAUCAUCCCCUUCCUUCUUCCUUCUUUGACAUCCAUGGAAGAUUUGAACAUGCUGGCCGCAGAUUGUGUAGUCAUAUCUUGUUGCUGCCAAUGCUUGAUACUACAAUCGAUCAUAUUCGUCUUGCUCAAACUUCCCCGCAAAGUCAUUCAGAAGACCAGAGCAUAUGCUAAGAAGAAGCUUUGGCACAGAAAGAAAGAGAAGAUAUUAGAAUCGGUCAGGGGUGGGUUCCAGGACAGUUUUGAUAAAUUUCUAGAAGGGUCUAUAGAAAUCCCAGUAGAUGACUUCCGUGGAGGGCAUGAUUGUGAGAGCUGCAUCGAGGAAGUUGAGGAAGUCUUGGAAGGGUUUUCUCAGAAGGGGGAGUUUGCUUUCGGAAGCUUUUGGGGUAGGGUUGUAUCAGGAACCUCUCCAGCAUGCAUAGUAGCUGUGCAGGAAUUUGAUUUAAGUUUUGCACAGUUUGAAGUGGUUGAAACAAUCAGUACAUCUUUCACGCAUUCAUAUUAAUAAAGCAAAAAAGUAAGUUCCAUUUCCAAUUUAUUGUAUAUAUCCGUAGUAGUUCCACUUGAUUAGAAAUCUGCAUCCAAGCCAUUCU